UGGGUUGUGUUUACGGCUCUGCUGCUGGUCUGUGCCAUGUUCUGUCAAACCUCUGUGGAAUAAAAACAAAAAAAGUCUUUUGCGGAAAUAGGAUUGGCUGUUCGACCAGGCUCGGGUGCAGCCUACCAAUCAGAGCAAAGAAGCGUGAUAAAAUCAGCCAAUCCUAGCGCAGGAGGUGGGAUUUGUUCAGAAUACAGGUGAUUCAGCUCACUGAGUGUCAUUCAUGAGUGCGUCCGGCUUGGUCUAGCAGUCAUGGAUGACAUGGCCUCCGUGGGGAAAAUUAGUGCCUCCUCUGAAUCUGUGUCCACCCUCAACAGUGAGGACUUUGUCCUGGUGUCCCGCCUUGGGGACGAGACCCCGUCCACUAAUAACGGCAGUGACGAUGAAAAAACAGGCCUGAAGGUGAUUUCUGAGGAAGGGGUCAGCUUUAAGAUUGUGGGGAACGGCAGUGAGCAGCAGUUGCAGAGGGAGCUCGAGGAUGUGCUGAUGGACCCGUCGGUGGCUGACGUGACUCCCGGGUCAGAACAGGUGGAUGGGGGUGAUCAGGGCUACCCCACCACUGCGGCCCCACCACAACCCUGUCCUGCACUCCAGAAACUGGAGAUAGUGCUGCCGGUUCAGGGAGCUCAGCAGGACCAGGGCUUGGCGAUGAGUCCGGGGACGCCGCUGCUGGACGAGGACAGCGUGGUCUUCAGUAAGCUGACGUAUUUGGGCUGUGCGUCAGUUAACGCCCCUCGCAGUGAGGUUGAGGCACUGCGUAUGAUGAGCAUUCUUCGCAGCCAGUGCCAGCUGCCCCUUGAUGUCACUCUCUCCGUACCUGGAGUUUCUGAGGGAACCGUUAGGUUGUUAGACCCUCAGAGUGGGACCGAGAUCUCUAACUAUCCCAUCUAUAAGAUCCUGUUCUGUGUUCGGGGUCACGAUGGGACACCAGAGAGCGACUGUUUCGCCUUCACCGAAAGCCACUACAACACCGAGAUCUUCCGUAUCCAUGUCUUCCGCUGCGAGAUCCAAGAAGCGGUCAGCAGAAUACUCUACAGCUUUGCCACUGCCUUUCGGCGGUCAGCCAAUAAGGCGUCGCUCACCGCUCAGGCUCCGCCUCUUACGCCGGACAGUGACGUUUUCACCUUCACCGUCAGCCUGGAGAUCAAAGAGGAUGAUGGGAAAGGCACCUUCAGCGCCGUGUCGAAGGACAAGGACAGACAGAGCUUCAAGCUUCGUCCUGGGAUGGACAAGAAGAUCGUCAUCUACGUCCAGCAGACGUCCAACAAAGAGCUGGCCAUCGAGAGGUGUUUCGGCCUUCUCUUGAGCCCAGGGAAGAAUGUGAGAAACAGUGACAUGCACUUAUUAGACCUGGAGUCGAUGGGAAAGAGUUCAGAUGGUAAAUCUUACAUCAUUACUGGGAGCUGGAAUCCCAACACUCCUCAAUUUCAGGCUGUCAAUGAGGAGACACCUAAAGAUAAGUUCAUGUACAUGACGACGGCGGUGGAUUUGGUGAUCACAGAGGUGGAGGAGCCGGUGCGCUUCCUGCUGGAGACACGUGUGAGGGUGUGUCCACCCACUGACCGGCUCUUCUGGCCUUUCAGCAAGCGCAGCUACACCGAGACCUUCUAUUUAAAACUGCGACAGCUGGAGAGGAAGAGUAACACAGACACGCUGUACGAGGUGGUGAGUUUGGAGAGCGAGACCGAGAGAGAGAAGAAGAAGACGACGGCGAGUCCCGGGAUCCUGCCCUCCGCUUCACACGGCUCCAUGGCGCCCUCACCUCCUGAGGAUGACGAGGAGGAAGACAAUGAUGAGCCACUGCUGAGCGGUUCUGGAGACGUCUCUAAAGAGUGCGCUGAGAAGAUUCUGGAGACAUGGGGAGACCUGCUGUCCAAAUGGCACAUGAACCUGGCUGUACGGCCCAAACCACUCCCGGCGCUCGUCCGCAGCGGUAUCCCCGAAGCCCUCAGGGGAGAGGUGUGGCAACUCCUGGCUGGUUGCCAUAACAACGACCAUCAGGUGGAGGAGUACCGCACGCUUAUUACGAAGGAAUCACCUCAGGACAGUGCCAUCACUCGAGAUAUUAACCGCACAUUUCCAGCACACGACUACUUUAAAGACACAGGAGGGGACGGUCAGGACUCGCUAUAUAAGAUCUGUAAGGCCUACUCUGUGUACGAUGAAGAGAUCGGCUACUGUCAGGGCCAGUCCUUCCUGGCCGCCGUGCUGCUGCUUCAUAUGCCGGAAGAACAGGCAUUUAGUGUUCUGGUGAAGAUCAUGUUUGACUACGGUCUCAGGGAACUCUUCAAGCAGAACUUUGAAGACCUACACUGCAAGUUCUUCCAGUUGGAGAGACUCAUGCAGGAAUACAUUCCAGAUUUGUACACACACUUCUUAAGUAUAGGUUUGGAAGCGCACAUGUACGCCUCCCAGUGGUUUCUCACCCUCUUUACAGCCAAGUUCCCUCUCUACAUGGUGUUCCACAUCAUCGACCUGCUCCUGUGUGAGGGAAUCAGUGUCAUAUUUAAUGUAGCACUGGCAUUACUGAAGACGUCGAAGGAUGACCUUCUGCAGGCUGACUUUGAGGGAGCUCUGAAGUUCUUCCGUGUGCCUGUGCCCAAAAGGUACCGCUCUGAAGAGAACGCCAAGAAGCUCAUGGAGCUCGCGUGUAGCAUGAAGAUCAGUCAAAAGAAGCUGAAGAAGUACGAGAAAGAGUAUCACACAAUGCGAGAGCAACAAGAACAGCAAGAGGCCCCUAUCGAGAGAUAUGAGAGGGAGAACCGACGGCUACAGGAAGCCAACAUGCGUCUGGAGCAGGAGAAUGAUGAUCUCGCUCAUGAGCUGGUCAGCAGUAAGAUCUCCCUGAGGAAGGACCUGGACAAUGCAGAGGAGAAGGCCGACGCCCUCAACAAAGAGCUCCUCAUCACGAAACAGAAACUGAUUGACUCCGAGGAUGAGAAGAGACGGCUGGAGGAUGAAGCAGCGCAGCUGAAAGAGAUGUGCCGAAGAGAGCUGGACAAGUCGGAGUCAGAGAUCAAAAAGAACGGAUCCAUCAUCGGAGAAUACAAACAGAUCUGCUCCCAGCUGAGUGAGCGACUGGAGAAACAGCAGACGGCUAAUAAACGAGAGCUGGAGAAGAUCCGGAUGAAGGUGGAGGGCUGUGAGAAGUGCAGCGUGCUCUUCGGUAAAGAGGGCCGGCUGAAGACUCUGAGGGCUCCUAAAGAGCUGAGCGAGGACGAGACUGAUGAGGAGAAAGAAGCUCUGCAGGUGCAGCUCAGAGAGAUGGAGCUGGAACUCGCUCAGACCAAACUGCAGCUGGUGGAGGCUGAGUGCAAGAUCCAGGAUUUGGACCAUCAUUUGGCUCUGGCCCUCAACGAAGUCCAAGCGGCUAAAAAGACCUGGUUCAACCGAACUUUAAGCUCCAUUAAAACAGUGACAGGAGCUCAGGGCAAAGAGACCACCUAAUAUCACCUCUCUCUCUCUCUCUCUCUCUCUCUCUCUCUCUCUCUCUCUCUCUCUCUCUCUCUGUGUGUGAACCGAACAAACCUUUUUUUUUUCUUUGUAAAAAAAUCCAGAUCUUUGCAUAGAGUGAAAACAAAACACACAGAAUAUACUAAAGCAGAGGAGGCUUUAGCACUAGGCUUUAUACUACUGACACACACACACACACACACACAAACACACACACACACACAAACACACACACACAAACCAUUAACACCACACUCAAGCUACUGUCCUACUCCAGACUACUUGCACAAAAACAAAACCACAAACUAACAAACAGCCUUCUUUUGGGAAGACGAGCUUUUAUAAUUUCCGUUUGAUGAUGAAUUUAUGUAAGUGUAUAGGAUUAGUGUGUGUGUGUGUGUGUGUGUGUGUAAAAGACCCUUGUGCCAUUGACUGAGUGACCGAACAUGACAGGGACAAAAGUAAAGAAGCACAUUUAUAUAAAAGACAAAAGUAAUGGCACCCCUCGUUAGCUACUCCAGACUUUCCUGUAAUUAGCGACGUACUAAUGAGGGGAGGAGCAAUGGUCUGAGAGCAUGAGGGAAAGAAAAAAAUAGAGGCUUGUGUUAAAGAGAAGUAGCACCUUUAAGGAUUAAAGGUCAGGAUUAAUAAAUCAGAAUAUUUAUCCUCCAUAUUUAUUAAAUACUCACUAAGAGGAGAGCUUCGGCUCUCACGCUGUAAAAAGGAGAAGAGAGAAAGAGAGAGCAAUGUUUCAUUUCAAAAAUAUGGGCCAACCAAUCAGGAACAAGGAGGCGUGUUUAGUUAAGGAAAAGCUCCGCCUCUAAAGUAGGCAUAUGAUUGUUUAAUCGCUAAUACACACUUUGAUGAGUUGAAAGCUAGCACGCUAGUUUGAUGCUAGCUUGAUCCCUUUUUUUAGCAUUAGCAUUACCGUUAUCUUCGUUGGAUCGGGGCUCGUCAGAGAGCUGCGUCCUGAAGCACUUAUUGAGCGUGUGUGUGAGUGUGUGUGUGUGUGUGUGUGUGUGUGUGUGUGAGUGAGAGAGAAGGCUGUGUAAAGAACACUCUGUGGGUUUUUAGGUUUUUGCACCUUACAGACAUAUUUAUAACGGACGCGCGCUUGAGUUUGACGUCACAGGAAUCCCCUUUUUUCUCUCUCGUGUUGAAAGAUAAAUAAAAAGCGGGGGUCAUUCCAUGAGGCACUGGCGGCUUGUACAUAAGAAGCAUUAAAGGGUUUUGUUUG